UACGUAAAUCACGUGAUAGGAAGUUUCCAUGGCCGUUCAGAAGAGAAUCACAUGACAAACAAAAUAUUGACAAACGUGGGGACCUUGGCAAGGUGCCCUAUACUACAGGUAUGAAAAGAGAAAGUAGCGAUGGCUGAGACAAAUUAACGAAGAUGAAGAAAUCAGAAACUCGGUCGACAACUCUACCAGCAGUUUUGAAAGAAUAUGUCCCUGAAUAUGACCCAAAAUCUUCGGUAAAACGGACGCAAAUUCAAGAUGAGAAACCUGUAAAAUUAUCUACGCAAGAAGAAAUUCAGAAGCCAAAAUCGUCAGGUUAUGGCUGUCGUCACACUAGUCCAGAGCAUGCCAGGAGCACGUCAGCUGGGGCAGCCAGUACCACGAAACGCAAGAGAGCACAUCCUGCCCAGGAAGGUAAUAAAGGGAAAUAUGAAGACUUGUCACAGAAAUGGGACCAAGCCAAGACAGAGGUGAGACAAGAUGAUUAUGAGCAGUUGAAGCGCAAAAUUGGACUACAGCAAGAAUUAAUACGCAGACAAGACACAUUAAUUGAGCAAAAAAGAGCACAGCAACAGCAAGAAAUACAGCAGAAAAAGGAGGAAGAAAAGAAAAAAAGACGUGAAUUACAAGCCUCCUUGGAAGAAAAAUGUAAAAAGUCAUUAGAGGAAGAUAAGAAAUCAGCCAAAGGAGAAAGGAAGAAGAAAUCUAAGGUAGCUCAACCCCUUAUAGUUACUGAACGCACACCUUCAGCAGGAAAUGUCACACAAAAGUCUGGAAGUGCUGGGUCUGGGAGGGCUUCUGUGUCCCCAGGCACCAGACAAGCUAGAGGGUUUCAGGCCUCCCUACCUCCAAUGUCCAGAACACCAUCAAAUCCUGACCUUGGUGGACCAGAAUCAAAACCAGGAACCCCAAUGUCAGAGAAAGAGAUGUUAGAAUGGUACCAGGUCCAAUUGUAUCAGAAAUUUGGACCCGAAAAAGCUGAUUAUUUCUUACAUCCAAAGAUUGAACAGAAGACAACUAAACCAAUACACCCAAAACUACACAAACAUGGAGAUGUUGUGAAUCCAUUAACAGGUCGAGCUGGAGCAGAAAAAUUGUUAGAUAUCUUGAGGAAAGAGUCAAUGAUAAGACUGUAUAAAGAAGAUGCAAAGAUUCCAAGAGAAUACAAGGAUGCUUAUAAUGCCUUGGUGAGGUUCCAUUUAGGGAAAUAUAAUGUAAAUCUAAGAAGAAUAUUUGCUGCUGACAACGAGGAUGUUUCAGAAAUAGCUCGUCUGUCUGACCAAUCAGUGAUGAGGAGAGUUCGUAACCAGAGACAUAAGACAGAACUGAUGUACAGAGCCUCUGUGAAUAACCAAGACAGGACAAAUAUUCUCAACAUUGAAAACCCAGUUAAUCAAUUAGAUGCUGAAAUCGGUGAAGGUGUGGCCAAAUAUCUGCCAUCAUGGCUUGAUGAUUCAUCUGAUUUCUCUGAAGAAGAAUAUAAAAGAUGGGUAAGGGGACAAGAAAAUGAACGCACCUUUACAUCUGAACCUAUUGCAGAAGAGGAUACUGAAGACUUAAAAGAUAAUUUCAAAGAAAAUAUUAAACCAGAGGAACAGUACAGUGGACUGGAUGACGAGCUUGUUAUGCUUAUGUCUAGAAAACGUCAUAGGAAACCAAGAGAAAACUUAAAGUUCCUUACAGAAAAAGACACAAGAUAUAAAGGAGGAUUUUCUGAGAAAUUUAAAGAGGAUAGAGACAUACCUAGGGCAUUUAAUGAGGCCAAAGCUCCAGAAAAUAAGUCACAUUCUGUUAUGGGAAUGAGAGCAUCAUCAGAUGAGCAUCCCUCCUGCAAAUCUGCACCAAUUCCCGACAAACAUAGGAAGUAUUACACAAACUAUGUCAGUGAUUGGCAGCCAUUGAGUAUGCAUGCUCUAGUGGAGUAUAAAAAGAAAAUGGACUCUGAAGGAGAUGGAGAGUUCAACCAAGGGAGAGCAAAAGUGUGGAAAACUCAACUUAUAACAUAAUUAUUUUUAAAUGAUUUAACAUUGUGUGAUUUUAGUUGUUGUACUAUUAGAAUUAAUUUGUUUUUGUUGAGACAGCUGAUUGCAUUUAUGAUUAUUUUGCAUUUAGAUUUAAUAAGUCUCUUGCCAUCAAUCUGAAAAAACAACAUUUGGCACUUCUUUAGUUGAUAAUGCAGAAUUUUUUUCAAAAGCAUUUUUUUUUAAUUAUGUUUUUUACACCUAAGAAACUGUCAAAAUAUUUUAAACAUUUAACAGAUUUCAGUUAUACUAUGGUGUGACUUUGCUUGUGAUGAAUUGUUUUAAUGAUUAUUUGAUUUGAUUUGAUUCUUUUUUCCUGCUUUCAAAUGAAUGCUUCUGUUUUUUCGUUUAUGGCCAUUAGGAGCAAGUAUUAUAAAAGUUAAAUAAUUUAGAGUGAAGAUAAUAAAGUGAUAUUUUAAUUUGUUAGCCUCUUUACAGCUAAUAUGAACCAAUAUAUUUUAUAAUAUUUUGAAAUUUUAACUCUGUGAUAACUGUAAUUAAACCAAGAUAUAUAUAAUUUGUAGUUAUUUUGUAAAUUAUUAGAUCAUUUUAUUAUUAUGAAUGUACUAUACAGAAGUGGCAGUUAAUAAAUGAGCCUUGAUAAAUUGUAUUUUUUAGCAAAAGACAGCUUUAACUUUUAUAUAAAUUCAAAACUCUUGUGGUUCUAUUUUGAUAUAGGAUUGUUUAUUUCAACCACUUGUUCAUUAUUAUGUACAUUUUAUAAUGAAUGCCAAAUUAGGGGAUUUUCUUUUGACCUAUUUCAUGAUUCACUGAAUUGUGAUCCAUGAAGUUGGAGCUGGAUUAGUGUCCUGCGAGACACAUAUUCUUGUUUGAAUAUUUUUUUGGUAAAUUAUCUAUCUUUUACUUUUAUUCAAAAACUAUAUGUGUUUAGCAAUCAACAAAUUAAAUGAGAAAGGAAAUUCACAGUGAAAAUGAAUAAUCUAUUAAAACUAAAAUUGUAAAAGUCUAUAAUGCACCUAUUUUUGUAUUAGUGUAAGCUGUAUUAUGCUGCAAAUAUUUUUUAAGACAAUACUAUUCAAUUUAUACAAUUUUCAAAAAAUAAAAAAUAAACUCAGUCAUUUUAUGACUUUUAUUUUAUGAAUACUCAUUGAUGAUGAAAGUUAGAUAUAUUAAAUCUAUUAUCUAUUUCUAAGAUUUGUAAAAAAAAAUAGUUUUUUUAUUUCUUAGCUUUUUGCUUGAAUUUUUUUUAUUUACAUCAAUUCUGACAUUGACAUUUAAUUAUCCAAACAUCAUGAACAAAUUUUGUUAAUCCUUUGCUUUUAUUAUCAAUAUACUUGGCUACUUAUCAAGAUUUAAGAAUUUUCAAACUCAUGUAUUUUAAAUAUAAAAAAUGUAAUAAUUAAAAAUGAUUAUUGUAUUGUAAAUAUUUCCAAAUCCAUUUGAAAUUGUGAUUCCGUCCAAAACCAUACCAUUUGUAAGUCUUGAGAUGUUUUUAGCAUCCAGACAAAACUGAUACUUGGUGCUAUGGGAUACAACCAUAGUAAUUAGAUACUCUGCAUAAAACUUGUACACAAACUUGUACGAGGGUCUGGAUGGGGUUUAUAGAAUAAAGAAUAAUAUUGAAAAAUUGGCCAAAAAAUAAGAUUAUAGAAAAAUUGAUAAAUGGACACCCAAAAAAAGUCGUUUAAUUUUUAUAAACAUGCAGAAAUUGGAGAUCCAGACCCUUUGUAUUGUAUUGGAUAUCUAUGAAGGAUGAAAAAUGAUUGAAGAAUAAUUUUAUUUUAUUUUUUAUUUGUAAGCCAAUGAAAUAAUAAUAAAGUAUAAUUGUCAUAAAUCUCUGCAGUUGGUUAAAAAAGCUGGCUGAUACAUGUAAAUGACUCAACAGUUUCUAGAUUUGCAAAAAAGUAAGAAAAAGAAAACAGCAAACUAGAUUAUUUGUUUUUCAACUGAAGAGAUAUAUAUUAUCCAUGAUGUGUGUAAGGUUUUUCUAUUACAAUCAUGAAAUAUAGAUAAAGUAAAGAUUUGAAAUUUAAAAAAAUAAAUUUUAAUUGUGAAACUAAUUUUUAAUUCAAUAUAUAUCAAAACAUUUUGUAUAUGUAACUGUAUUUUGGUUUGGGCAUUUUUUUUCAUGAGAAUUUGUUUAUUUGAUACCUUCAUAGAUAUUCUUAUUUUAGAAAUUUCACAUGGCUUGUAAUAGUAAAGCAUUCCAGAAAUUUUAA